AAAGGCUUUAUGACAUUCUAAGCCAACUCGGCUGAUUAUGCCCACAAGGCCUGCGGGAUCUCGCUUGACUUAAACACUUGCUUCAUGGGAAGGAAGAAAGUCAUGCUUGCUCCUGGGAUGUUUUAUUAUUCAUUUGUAUCCUUGCAGUUGGAAUUUUAUUUCAAAUUUUUGGAUAUUAGUGCUCUUCAUUUGGUUUGAUGCUUCUGAAUGGAAGAAGGGAACCUCUCAGACGCCGACACAGAUGAGCUCCUUGGAUUAAGCGGAAUCGAACCUUUUGCAAGUGGUGCGAGUGUCUACCUGACCCCAUCCAAGUCCCCUCCAGGGUCACCUAGCGACCUCCUGGCAAGUAGCCCGAAGCGGCGACCAGCUGUAAACACUGCAUCAAGCCGGUCUCCUGCUAAUGUGAAAGUCUCCCCCGGUCGUGGGGCAUCUGGACACUCUUCCCCAUCAAGAUCAGCGAAUAGUUCCAAGUCCCCGAAACGUGCCGUGAAAAAAUUUGUGGACUCGCCAGGGAAACUUAAGAUUGGUGAUUUGAAAGGGAAUGAUGAGGGGAUAAGACUAAUUUCGAGCCAGGAGCGAUUGGUGCAGGUGCGUCGUUACCUUGCGAAUCAGGAUAUAGUUCAGGAGGGUCUGAAAGUAGACUCGCAAAAUAAGGAAAAUCUAUCAAAUUCUGUUGGUGUGGUCAAUAACGCUUUUACAAAAAUAAACAGUGCUCCGGCGUCAGGUGUGAAAUCGUCACAAGAAAUUGGUGGCAUUGGUGGCAAGUCUUUGCCAAGUUCUCCGUAUAAAGUUCAAAACGUGGUUGUGACCCGCCAUCAUAAGCUGCAGGCGCCGCCUAGUGGGAUAAGCUGGUCUGAUCCUGACGCACCUGUGAGUCGACCGCCGGCAAAACCAGUGGACCCUAUAUUUACCUACAAGAGGAAGUUGUUUCAAGAGGAUGCUAACGGCGAAGCAAAUGAGAAGUUGAAAAAUAAAGCUGUUUCAGAAAAGAACAAAAAAGGUCAGGCUGUGAAGGAUAAGUCCAAUAAAAGAAAAACACCAAAUAAAUCAUCCCCGAAGGAAUGUGUUGUGCAUUCAGGGUCUCCAACGCAGCAGACACAUUCGGCUAGUAAAUAUAGAGUGUCUCCUCGUUCAGGGGAAGGUGACGCUACUGCUAAGUCACCAGGAAAGCAACAGCGGGCUUCGAGAUCGUUGGAUAAUUCGCCAGAUAAGAGGCCUUCUUCGAUCAUGAAAGGAGGUGGGUCAGUUUCUCCAGGCCGGCGCCCCGGGCCUGUGACUUUCCGCCAAAGUCCUAACGGUAGUAACUCUUCUCCAAAGUCUGUGUCGCCACCGAAAUAUGUGAAAUCGUCACCGGACAGAGUUUCAAAUUUGCCGAGGCAUAAAUAUACGGAACAAUCUAGUGCUUAUUCAAAAACAGGACACGUUUCAGCAGAACCCAAGUCGCAAUCAGGGAUGCAGCAUUCACCAGAAAAGUAUGAGCAAAGUUUUGAGAACACUCCGGCCACCUCUGGUUACUACUCGGGGAAGUCUGCAUUCACCCAAGAAGGAUAUUCAAAUCCUCUGGAUGAUUUCUUGCAGCAGUAUCCCCUGUCCCCUCUGCGGGGAGAUACGGACAUGUCGCUACCGGGCUCGUUACCAGAUUCGCCUGGGAUGAAAGCUGCUGCUGAGACGGUACCAACUGCUGAGGACUAUGACGAUAUGCCAAGGGAGGUAUACGCUGAUGUGACAAGUUUUGAUAUCGAGGAGAUGGAGGGGGCUAGGGACAGUCUGCGCACCAUGCUGAAAUUAUCAACAAAGAAAUCAGAAACACACUUAAAUUUAGGAGGCAAUAACGUACACGACGAAAGUAUUUCGUCGUUCAGAAGUUACCCUGAGGAGGGGUACCAUGAUGAGAUCGUAACGCAGCAAAAUGAUUCAUUUGAAGAGGUUGCAACUAAAGCACUUAUGGGAAGCCAGAAUGAAAUAGACUACAACCAGGCACUCCAACUCACAUCACAACUUCUGGGUCGAGAGAAAGACGUGCCAGCCUCAGCGCUGGAGAUGGAGAACCAAGUCCUCCUCGAUAAUAUGGAGCGCGAAAAGUUCCGACGGCAACACUGCGAGAAGCAGAUUGGGAAUCUUCAGUCACGGCUGUUGGAAACUCAAGAACAGCUAGCAGUUGCCACCUCCACUGAGAAGAAGAAGGAUAUCAUGAUUGAACAACUUGACAAGACUCUCUCGCGUGUUGUGGAAGGAUGGAAGAAGCGAGAGGCUGAGAAGAAGGAAUACAUUGAAGUGCUGAAGGGAGAGAAGGAAGAGUUGGAAUCAAGAUAUCACAGCCAGAAAGAUAUGCUUGAGAAAUUUGAUGAACGGUUACAAAAGGCUUCUAAGGAUUUAGAAUCUGAACAGAGGAGGGUUGCUGAACUCGAGGAGAGCAAGCUGGUUAAGCUUGAACAGCAUGAGGAGGAGCGCCAGCAGUGGGCCGAGGCCAUCGACAAGGAACGGUCGCAGAGGGAACAGGUGGAGGACGACCACGAUCGAACGAAGGAGGGGUUAGAACAUGUCCAAGGGCAGUUGGAUAAUCUUCAAGAGACGUUGAAUCAGGAGCGUAGUGACUGGUCAGAAACCGAGAGAAACUUGAGAAAAAAGUUGGCCGACUUGGAGGUGACAUACAAGAGGGACAUGGAAAAUGAAAAGAGACAGGUUGAAGACCAGACGCAACUUGCCCAGGAGACACGAGAGCAACUGAACACGACCAACAUCGACCUCCACAAGACGAGGCUCGACCUUGAGACAGCGCUGCGGGAGAGAGACAGCCUGAAGAUGGAGAUGAGUCUGCUUGAAGCCAGGAUGGAGAGCAGCAAGAGGCAGUUGGAGGCUGAUCUCACCUCUGAGUUUGAAAAAGCUCUGUCUGAGAAAAUGAAUGAAGCACAUGACAGGCUCGUGAGCACCGAGACGGACCUCCGUGAAAGUCAUCGCAAACAGAUUCAGGAGUUGAAUCAGAGCCAUAGGGAGGACAUGGAGGAGCAGAUGGACACCAUGACGGAGGACUUCAAGAAGAAAGAGACGUAUCUCAAGGAGCAGUCAAAGACUUACGAAGAAAGGCUCGAGGAGGCCCAGGAAGAGAUCAGAGAGCUGAAGGCUAAUAAGCACAAAAUGGAGCUACAGAGGGAGAGGGAGGACUAUCAUGACCGUUACGCCUCAGGGGAGAGAAAGAUCGAGAUGGCCAAUCGUAUGCAGAGUAUGAUGCAGACUCAUUGUACCGAAGCGUUGACGUUGUUAAACGAUCCAAGUCACUCGCCGAAAAAAUCGUACCAGCAUGAUUCCGUGUUGUCCCAUAUUCCUUCCUUGGCCAACGAGACCAAAUCGUCACCUGGUGCUGGGGCUGACCAACACCCAAAUGGUAUCUCGGAUGAAGGUGGGAAAGUCUCAACCAAGCUCCCAUUAGAUGGCGCUGUAGUAGUUACAAGACCUAAUCGUGUGCACCAUGACGACGGUGCUAUAUCAGAUGUCUUGAGUACAGAAGGGGACAGUGCCAUGCCGACGUACACAACUUCACAGCUAAUAGGUGGCGUUCAAAGCACAUACAUCCCACCAAUAAGUUUGGCCCAUCUACCUCAGCAACCUAUCAGCGAUGUAACAUGUUUGGAUUCAAAUCGCUCGUCCAAUUUUGGCUCUGCCAGCCAAGUGACAUCACAUUAUCCAUAUGGUUCUGCAUCUUACCAAGCUCAUCUGCCCGUCUCCUCGUACCAGCCAUCAUAUACGUAUUCAUCCAAUUAUGAGCCAAACGGUCAACCUCAUGCUGUGCCUUAUGGGAAUGGACCAAUCAGAAGUGCCUUUACAAUGACACAGCCUCCACAUCAGCCAAUUAGGAACAACUAUACACAUCCAGCAGCAAACAUUUACUCAAACGCACCAAUAGGAAGCAGCUAUACCAGCCAACCAAUCAACAGCUAUCAUAAUCCACAAAUGAAUACGAGCUACACAAAUCCACCAAUCGGCAGCCAAAUAAACCACCCAAUGAAAACUCAUUACCUACCUGGGCAACCUUACAGCACCCAAUCAAAUUACAACACGUCAUCGCAGCGCCCUCCAGUGUUGAUGGAAGAUGUUACGAAAGCAGAUUACAGCCAUCUUUAUAAUGGCAACGGAAUUGCCUCAGAGCCGUCUGCUCCAAGCUUGUCCUCAGGAUAUUCCAGUAUGGCCAAUCACUCCAGUCGCUUUGGCGAUCCGAUGAGGAAUGGUGAAUCUCAGCUGGAUUCUGGCAAGGAUGAAUCCACUGACAUGGUUAGCCUGCUAAAUGGUUCCACAGCGACCCACAACGAUACAUGCGUUAGCGACAUCUCGACGCGUAUGGAACAACACAACCAGCGGCAGCAAGAACUUGAACACUAUGUGCGUAUGUUGUUAGGGAAAGAGCCGGGAAUCCCUGCUAAUAAUGGAGACACGAAAAAUAUGGUGGCGCACAGCCCUCCACAAAAGCUUGAACCAGACUCAAAGCAGACAAGUAACCCUCGACCUGGCAGUGGGCAAGAGGACAGUAGAUUGGUGUCGACCGCUCAUGCCCCCAAGUAUGGCUCCGUGAUGGGUCUCGCUAGGGAGAAACUACACAUGAAGAAGAAGGGCCAAGAGGACCAACCUGCUGAGCGUAAAUCUUCUGUGAGGAAAUCAAGAGAUGGACCGAUUGGAAAAUCAACGACAGCCAAACCUUGGCGGUAGUUUGGAUUACGUAUAAUCAAAGAAUACUGUGCUGAAUUUGGCCAGCAAUGGACUUUUAUGGCAGCAAAUUUUAUAUAAAUACAUACAUGAAACAACUUUGGAUGCUGUGCAUUUUAAGGCCUACAGACUUGUUGAAAUGGUUGCGUCCUUUACGAGUCUUUUUGCAAAAGCUUUCGUUUUUCGAAUUUUCGUGUUUUAUUGCAAGAAGAGGAGGCAGCCUAGGCGAUUUGAUAGGCAUGGCAUUUCAGCAAGAUUGUGGUGCAGCACGAAGAGAUUUUUGAUACCUUCUCUAAUCAAAUGAAUAUUAUUGGGCAAAGAUAUAGAAUGAUUUAAAAUAGUUUGCCGUGUACCGUCCACAUCAUCAUGAGGAUCAUUAGAAGUAUUCUAAUUAAUGGACCUUUCAUUGGUUCAGGAAACAAGCUGUAAAUAUUUGAAUUACAUUUCAACAUUCCGUUCUUUCAUUGUAUAUUUUUCCUUGUAUAAAUCCACAGGGCAAAGUAGGCACUGGCCUGUUUCAGAUUCAUCUCUGGAGGUUGGUUUUGAAGGGACAAUAGACUUGUAUAAGCUUUCAGUAGUACAUUGUGUUAAUGCUAAAGAUGUAGUGUAGUAUAAUAUAAAAAUGAGAUUUAGUUGGAACCCUGGAAAUCUUCAUAGAAGUUCUCAGCAGCAGGCUUCAAGUAUUCAUGGCCUUCCCCUAUAGGUUUCUUUCCGUUUGCUCUGAGAUGGGUCAGAAUUCUCUACAACGUCGCAUCCAGUGCUGGCUACUGGACUCCGAGAAUGUAGACUUCUUUUAUUUGAGAUUUAUUUGUUUUAUUGAAUGUCAGUUGAUUGUGAUUAGAUAAUUUGUGUAAGAUAUGACAUCUUAGUUGUUACAGACUCCCUAUUCUACUGAAUAUACAUUCAUCUAUUAUUGUGGUAA